CGGCAGCGGCGCGUCCUCCAGCGGCGGCAGCGGCGCUCGCAGCGCCCGGACUCGCAGUGCUGUGCUCGGCCUCGUCGGACCGCGGAGGCCACCGCCCUCUUCCCACCUCGGCCUCCUCUUCCUGACGCCCUUGGCAUCCUCGAGUCCUGGUUGUCCGCAGAGGCCCCAGCAGGACAACGAGGAGGAGCCGGUUGGCGUCAGACCAAUGCUGUGAGGGGGGUGAGGAGGAGAGCCGCUGUCCAUCACCCAGCUGCCAGACCUAGAAAGCAGGAUGGAACUGGAGUGAGGCAAAGGGCUGAGCGCUGCUGACCAGACGCGGGACGCUGGUGGUUCGCGGGUCACUGAGGCUGGACAACGUUCAUGGCUCUCGGGUAGAACCCAGUGAAACGGCCAGAAUGAAUUCUAUGGACAGGCACAUCCAACAGACCAAUGACCGCCUACAGUGCAUCAAGCAGCACUUACAGAACCCUGCCAACUUCCACAAUGCCGCCACGGAGCUGCUGGACUGGUGUGGAGACCCGCGAGCCUUCCAGCGGCCCUUCGAGCAGAGCCUGAUGGGCUGUUUGACGGUGGUCAGUCGGGUGGCAGCUCAGCAAGGCUUUGACCUGGACCUCGGUUACAGACUGCUGGCGGUGUGUGCUGCGAACCGAGACAAGUUCACUCCCAAGUCUGCGGCCCUGCUGUCCUCCUGGUGUGAGGAGCUCGGCCGCCUGCUGCUGCUCCGACAUCAGAAGAGCCGUCAGAGCGACCCCCCCGGGAAACUCCCCAUGCAGCCCCCCCUCAACUCUAUGAGCUCCAUGAAACCCACUCUGUCGCACAGUGAUGGGUCAUUCCCCUAUGACUCUGUCCCUUGGCAGCAGAACACCAACCAGCCUCCCGGCUCCCUGUCCGUGGUCACCACGGUUUGGGGAGUGACCAACACAUCCCAGAGCCAGGUCCUCGGGAACCCUAUGGCCAAUGCCAACAACCCCAUGAAUCCAGGCGGCAACCCCAUGGCAUCGGGCAUGACCACCAGCAACCCCGGCCUCAACUCCCCCCAGUUUGCCGGGCAGCAGCAGCAGUUCUCGGCCAAGGCCGGGCCCGCUCAGCCCUACAUCCAGCAGGGCAUGUACGGCCGGCCCAACUACCCCGGCAGCGGGGGCUUCGGGGCCAGUUACCCCGGGGGUCCUAAUGCCCCCGCAGGCAUGGGUAUCCCUCCGCACACCAGGCCGCCCGCUGACUUCACUCAGCCCGCGGCGGCGGCUGCUGCCGCUGCAGUGGCGGCAGCGGCGGCCACAGCCACGGCCACAGCCACGGCCACCGUGGCAGCCUUGCAGGAGACGCAGAACAAGGACAUAAACCAGUACGGACCGGUCUGUUCCUCUUUCCAGAUGGGUCCCACCCAGGCGUAUAACAGCCAAUUCAUGAACCAGCCCGGGCCGCGGGGGCCUGCCUCCAUGGGGGGCAGCAUGAACCCCGCAAGCAUGGCGGCUGGCAUGACACCCUCGGGGAUGAGCGGCCCUCCCAUGGGCAUGAACCAGCCCCGGCCGCCCGGCAUCAGCCCCUUUGGCACACACGGGCAGCGGAUGCCCCAGCAGACCUACCCGGGCCCCCGGCCCCAGUCCCUUCCCAUUCAAAGCAUAAAGAGGCCAUACCCGGGAGAGCCCAACUAUGGAAACCAGCAAUACGGACCAAACAGCCAGUUCCCCACCCAGCCAGGCCAGUACCCCACCCCCAACCCCCCACGGCCGCUCACCUCUCCCAACUACCCCGGGCAAAGGAUGCCCAGCCAGCCGAGCACCGGGCAAUACCCACCCCCCACGGUCAACAUGGGGCAGUAUUACAAGCCAGAGCAAUUUAAUGGACAAAACAACACCUUCUCGGGAAGCAGCUACAGUAACUACAGCCAAGGGAACGUCAAUAGGCCUCCCAGGCCAGUUCCUGUGGCAAAUUACCCCCACUCACCUGUUCCAGGGAACCCCACGCCCCCCAUGACCCCCGGGAGCAGCAUCCCCCCAUACCUGUCCCCCAGCCAAGACGUUAAACCACCCUUCCCACCUGAUAUCAAGCCAAAUAUGAGCGCUCUGCCGCCACCCCCAGCCAACCACAACGACGAGCUGCGGCUCACGUUCCCAGUGCGGGAUGGCGUGGUGCUGGAGCCCUUCCGCCUCGAGCACAACCUGGCCGUCAGCAACCACGUCUUUCACCUGCGGCCCACGGUCCACCAGACGCUGAUGUGGAGGUCUGAUCUGGAGCUGCAAUUCAAGUGCUACCACCACGAGGACCGGCAGAUGAACACCAACUGGCCGGCCUCGGUCCAGGUCAGCGUCAACGCCACGCCCCUCACCAUCGAGCGCGGUGACAACAAGACCUCCCACAAGCCCCUGCACCUCAAGCACGUCUGCCAGCCAGGCCGCAACACCAUCCAGAUCACCGUCACGGCCUGCUGCUGCUCCCACCUCUUCGUGCUGCAGCUGGUCCACCGGCCCUCCGUACGCUCCGUGUUGCAAGGCCUCCUCAAGAAGCGCCUCCUGCCCGCAGAGCACUGUAUCACAAAGAUCAAGCGGAAUUUCAGCAGCGUGGCUGCCUCGUCGGGCAACACGACCCUCAAUGGGGAGGACGGCGUGGAGCAGACGGCCAUUAAGGUGUCCCUGAAGUGCCCCAUCACGUUCCGACGUAUCCAGCUGCCUGCCCGAGGCCAUGACUGCAAGCACGUCCAGUGCUUUGACCUGGAGUCGUACCUGCAGCUGAAUUGCGAGAGAGGGACCUGGAGGUGUCCUGUGUGCAAUAAAACCGCUCUGCUUGAGGGCCUGGAGGUGGAUCAGUACAUGUGGGGCAUCCUGAACGCCAUCCAACACUCCGAGUUUGAAGAGGUCACCAUCGACCCCACGUGCAGCUGGCGGCCAGUCCCCAUCAAGUCAGACCUGCACAUUAAAGAUGACCCGGAUGGCAUCCCCUCCAAGCGGUUCAAGACCAUGAGUCCCAGCCAGAUGAUCAUGCCCAACGUCAUGGAAAUGAUCGCAGCCCUGGGCCCCGGCCCAUCCCCCUACCCACUCCCGCCUCCACCGGGGGGCACCAGCUCCAACGACUACAGCAACCAAGGCAACAACUACCAGGGCCAUGGCAACUUUGACUUCCCCCAUGGAAACCCUGGCGGGACGUCCAUGAACGACUUCAUGCACGGGCCCCCCCAGCUCUCCCACCCUCCGGACAUGCCCAACAACAUGGCCGCCCUCGAGAAACCCCUCAGUCACCCCAUGCAGGAAACUAUGCCACACGCUGGCAGUUCUGACCAGCCCCAUCCCUCCAUACAACAAGGUUUGCACGUCCCACACCCCAGCAGCCAGUCAGGGCCUCCAUUACAUCACAGUGGGGCUCCUCCUCCUCCUUCCCAGCCUCCCCGGCAACCGCCACAGGCCGCUCCCAGCAACCAUCCACACAGUGACCUGACCUUUAACCCCUCCUCAGCCUUAGAGGGUCAGGCCGGAGCGCAGGGAGCAUCCGACAUGCCGGAGCCUUCGCUGGAUCUCCUUCCAGAACUCACAAAUCCCGAUGAGCUCCUCUCGUACCUGGAUCCCCCUGACCUGCCGAGCAAUAGUAACGAUGACCUCCUGUCUCUCUUUGAGAACAACUGAAGCCCGCCCCUCCAUUGGGGCCAUCCCUCCCCACUCUGCCUCCUUCCCCGUCUGCCCCACACACACUUUGCCACUGGGAGCCCAUGCCCUCCGACCGCCCCUGCUGCGGCCUUCUCAGAGCGGAGGGGCGGGAGGGUGCAGGGUGAAGGCGCUGUGGGUCUGGUGCCCGUGCCCGGAGCAGAGGCCCUGAAGACGCCCCUCGUGGUGGGGAACCGGCCCAGCGAGAGAUUCAGGGGCACACGCGGACGAAGGCUUCCCGGUCCCUCUGUGUGUGCUGAUUCCAAACGACCCUCCAGUGCCCCCUGAGGUUCUUCCGGUUUCUAAACUGUAACCCUGCCUCCCUGCUUCCCGGCCCAGAGCCUCCUUCAAGUGACUGUGAGCCUGAGAGAGGGGCACCCCGAGACCCAGGCAGGCCCCCUGAGCCUUGGAGGAACAGUGACGGUUGGCGGCAGUGAGAGCAGCCCAGCCACCACCACCACCACCACCACCACCACCACCCACAGAAAAGCACAAACCUCUGGGAAAGAGAACUCUCUCGGGGGCAAGGUCAGCGCUUUGACCCCUGACUUCUAAGCCAAGAGACCCUGUCAACGCGCUCUCUCAGAAAGCAGACGAACAGGACAAGACGCUGUGUUUGAGAGAGGGUGUGCCAUUCGGCUUGGGGCUGGUGGGGAAGGGGGUCAGGGCCCCCUCGGGGCCAGGACGGCGCAGCGGGCCCCACGACCCCUGGACUCCGGCCUCAGGGCGGGGGGCGGCGGGCCGAGUGAGCAGAGAGCGCCCCGGGAAUCCUCGUGCCCCCGCUGCAGGGGGCAGGGGCCAGGGGGGCCGAGAGGACCAGCGACUCCUGUCGCUCCCAGCCGCCCCGGCUUGUCACGACGAAUCGGCUCCGCGGUCAUCUAAGGGAAGGGCCAGGUGGACUUGGAUGGCGAACAACCCAUUUCUCUCCAUGCGUCCCGUGUCCUUCCUCCUGCCCCCACCCACCACUCCCAGACUGUUAGGGGACACCCGCACCCCUGGGCCCCGUUCUCCUUCGCCCACCCUGACGGCCGGGGGCACGCCGGCGGAGAGGCGAGGGGGUGCGGGGUGCGGGCAGCAGGAACCCCAGGGCGCCCGCGGGUGUCUCAUGGGCCCCUGUGCCCCGGAAUGUGCCAGAAUGUGCUCGCCAGCCUCAUGUGGUGUCUCUGUGCUGCCCCCGGCUGUGCCCCCCCUACCACCCCCACCCUGUCCCUCCGCCCUGCAAAGCUGCCCACACUCCUGCUCACUCGAGCAGAAGCAGCCUCUGGUUUCCCUCCACUGCUUUGCUCCAUCCGGCUUCCUGCUCUCGGAGUCUCCCGGGUAGCUUGUUCGGGCGUCCGUUUUGUUUGGGGGGGGGUCCUCUGUGCCCCCACCCCACCCCCACCCCCACCUAAGCCGCCUGGCCUGUGAUGCUGCUGGGCCCGCAGGUCACUUGGGUCACGUCUGUGAAUUCGUUGCGCCCCUCCCUGCUGCUGCCUGGGCCCCCCCCCCCCCCCCGCUUCCCGUCCACUGUCCCGCGUUCUCCAUCUGCCCGUCCACCCCCUGCGGCGGGUGGUCCCCAGCACUCCCCUGGAUCUGACCCGUGCAGUGGCCCCAGCUGUUGGUUUCCAGGCGCUGUACCAGACAGCCGGCGCGAGGUUUUCUGUAGGAAAGCUGCCAUGGUCCCCGGCCCUUCUUUCCUUUGUCCCGUUGUCGAGGUUUUUUCAAACAGCGUGGUGUUCAGUAUGCAAAUCGAUUAUUUUAAGAAUUGCUUUUGUAAAUAUCUUUGUGAAUAUUUUAGUAUCGUCUUUGAUAAUACUCAACAUUUUCACGACCUGGUUAUAGCCUUUGCUGGUGUUUUUAAAAUACCUUGACUCAACAACAAAGACCGAGUCCUUUUUUUUAAAAAACAACAAACAAAAACAAAAAAGCAACCAGGGCUAUUUGUACAGAUGAAGGGACAAAGUGCGUGGGUGGCUGUACCGUGAGUUCGAUCAGGCCGCCCACCGUUCAGAGCCAUCCCCGGUCGGCUGGUGGGGACUAGACGAUGCCAGGUAGCACGUGGCCGUCCUUGCCCGGUGGCCGAGAGCCCUGGCAGGUGGCCACACUCCACGUUAGGCCAUCUGGGAAUGUUCAGACUUAAAAAUGCCUUCCUUAGAAGUUCCUGCUUCCUGCUGUGCUACUUUUUCCCAGAAAGGCCUAGGGGUCCACUCUGGUUCUUACCGGGUGUCCCCACUCUGCUCACCGACCUACCCACAGCUUUCUUUCUAGUCCAGAGGGUCGAUCUGCUCCCCACAGCCCGGGCUCUGGGCACCUCCCUCGACCAUCUCCGCGGAAGCCAGGGCUUGGUACCAGAGGCAGGUUUCCUGGGGCCCCUCCCAAGCGAACCUCCACCAGCAAGCUGGGCAAAGAGCUUUCCCGAACCGUGGUGCCUGAAGCCCGUGCUCUGGGGACGUACACUCCCAGGCUGGUCUUGGAGCCAGGCCAGGGGUUGAGGGAGCAAACAGGUGUCCGGGGGCUGGUGACACAAGCCCCGGCGGGUGACAGAUUCAGGUGGCCACAGCCUCCCCGAGCUGGGGGUGGUCCUGAACUCUGGGGAGAUGCUUCCCUCAUCCUUUUGGACGACUACUUGGAGCCAUAAGUAACCUCAGCAAAAACGAGGCCUCAUCAAGCCACUUCUCCAUGACGAGCAUCCACCCGGGCCAUAGACACGUUUCUGCUGCCACUCCACGAGACGGACAGGGCGCCAGCGGGCAGGCGGGAAGGCCCGAGUACAGGCAAUCACCCCCAUCUUCUUGGUUCGAAGCUUUACCCGUGUAUCAUGUUUCCCUGUAGCCAUUUUAUUUUUUAAGAAACUUCUAAUACUUUCUCCCUCACGGAAGCCUGAAACACCCCCCACCCCAGAGAGCUACACGUCUGCUCCCUCGACCUGACCAUCUAGACAGGAUGAUGUCAGCAGCAGCGACUCAAGGGACGUGUGUACAUAUGUAAAUGAGAAAUAGAGACACGUUAACAGAUGCAUUCAUUUCCCUUGGAAUGUGUAUUGUUUUUAUUUUACGGAACAAAACAAAACAAAAACACACAAAAAAAAGGCUUGGAACUCCAUCUUGACGUGGAAAAACUAGAUCCUGUUUGUUAGCGUUUGUGAGGUCUCUCUUCUUCACACAUUUGUCUCAUGUAAUAUACUCUGACCCUGUGUGGAAAGGAAUUUUUGUUCUGUUUUGUUUUUAUUUUACCUACAUGUACUAUUUAGCUUCAGUGUACUAGUCUGCCACCUGUGUAUUUUUAGGGUGCUAUGGAAAUAAUGAAAAGAAACGGGGAUUUCAGAAGAAAAUUGUAACCAAAUUCAUACUUUGUAUAAUUUUUUGAUAUCAUGAUUGCAGGUGAUUCACACGUACACACAUAAACACACCCACAGUGCAGCCUGAAGUAACUCCCACAGAAGCCGUCAUCGUCUUUGUACAUCUAUGUACAAUGCAAUCAUUUCAUACUUUAAAACUGGUCAGAAAACUAAUUGUGAUUUCUAGUCUUGCAAAGCUGUAUGUAGUUAGAUGAUGUGACAACCUCUAAUAUUUAUCUAAUAAAUAUGUAUUCAGAUGAAACCUGUAUAUUAGGUGUUCAUGUGGUUAUUUUGUAUUUAAAGAUCAAAUUAUUUGACUAUUGCUAGACAUUUCUAUACUCUGUUGUAACACUGAGGUAUCUCAUUUGCCCAUGUUAAUUGUUUUCUAAAUAAAUUGACAAAAAACGAA